AUGCAACUCUAUGACCUGGAAAAUAACUACGUCAAGCCCGUUACUUUCCAAUACCCACAACCUGAAUUACUUUGGUACCUCCCACAUCACCCUGUAACUAAUCCAAACAAGCCCGGAAAGGUACGCAGAGUGGCCAACGCUGCCUCAACCUACAAGGGCGUCUCGCUGAACUCUUGCCUCGAAACUGGACAUGACCUCCUGAACAACAUGUUUGGACUUCUACUACGAUUCCGGGAAAAACAUGUGGCUGUAUCGGCGGAUAUUGAAGGUAUGUUUAUGCAAAUAGGUAUUAAAGAUGAAGAUCAAAAUGCGCUUCGCUUCCUUUGGCCUACUAAAAAUGGUAUCAAACAAUACCAAUACACGCGACUUAUCUUUGGUGCAAAAUGCUCACCAUCCAUUGCCAUCUUUGCGCUUCAUCAAACAGCUGCCGAUUACUGCGUAACCAAACCCAUUAUUGCUCAACUGCUUCACAAAAGCUUUUACAUGGACGACUUUGUUCACUCGUUCAACACGACACACGAGGCUAGAGACUCUAUUACGCAAUUAAAAUCCUCCCUAAGACAGGGGGGAUUCAACCUAACUAAAUUCGUAUCUAACACUAAUGACGCAACCUACUCCAUUGAUGGAGGCGAAGUUUCUACUAAUGCUACAGUGCAUCGUGUUCUGGGUCUCAAAUGGGACACAACUGACGAUACGAUAUUCGUGCAACCAACAACCAAGCUAAAUAAUACUACAUCAUCUACACUCCGAACAGUUCUCUCUACAGUAGCAAGGGUUUUCGACCCCUUAGGCAUCCUAGCGCCGUUUGUCAUAAAACUCAAAAUUCUUCUGCAAAACUUGUGGAAGUCUGGUAUCUCUUGGGACAAAACCGUGCCCAGUGACUUUGUUCCGAUAAUUGACAAAUGGGUUGACCAAUGCAAACAAGUACCCCCUGUUAGACUGCCGCGCUUACUUGGUCCACAGUUGUCACCUAGUGAUAUACAGCUUCAUGUUUUCUGCGACGCGUCGCAAGACGCAAUGGCUACGUGCAUCUACUUCCGAACUGCUUGUAGCUCUGGCAUACACGCUACUUUCUUGAUUGGCAGAACAAAGGUAGCACCACUGAACCAAGAGAGCAUUCCUAAACUGGAAUUACAAGCCGCCCUUAUGGGUGCUCGGCUAUGCAAUUUCACUACUGAUGAAAUGCGAUUAAAGCCCCACUCCACUCACUUUUGGACGGAUAGCACUACUGUUCUGUCCUGGAUCGCUUCACCUGGUAAACUGAAAACUUACUGCGCAAACAGAGUUGGUGCAAUACUUACUUUAUGCAAAGCCGAACAAUGGAAACGCAUCCCUGGUAGACUCAACCCAGCAGACAGUGCUACACGGGGAAUUGAACUUAAAGACGUAGCAAAGCUCUGGUUGGUUGCACCACAAUUUCUACUCAACAAUGAGCCUAUUUGGGGGACCAACGAAAUAAUGGAACAAAGUAAUGCUACAACGGUUAGCCCCUCAACUACACCCUUAAUCGAUUCUUCCAGGUUUUCAGAUUGGUUUCGAUUAGUUCGGGUCACAGCUCGGGUUAUAAUUUUUGUCGAUACACUUAAGGGAAAUGGUAAUCGUUCUACCACUAUGGACGACCUAGAAAAAGCUAAGCUCCUCCUUUAUCAACAAUCCCAGCAAGAAACCUUUGGUGACACCUACAAUCAACUACGAACCAAGCAACAAGUUGAAAACAAAGACAAACUGCAACAGCUGUCACCUUUUCUCGACAACGGUGUUAUUCGCGCGCGAGGACGACUACGAAACUCACCUUUACCGGACGCAACAAAGUAUCCAAUACUUCUUAAUGCAAAAGACCCAAUUGUGCGUAUGAUGAUCGAGAGCGCUCAUCGCCGCUGCAUGCACCACGGCACUGAGUACAUUCGCAACUACCUGCAACAAAAUUUUGUCAUCAUUGGGCUCCGAAAAACACUCAGACAGAUAAGACAUAACUGCUUUCUCUGCAGAAGAUUCCAAGGCAAAGGGAUACAUCCACUCAUGGCCGACUUGCCGCCAACUCGUUUCGACGAUCCGUCUGACGACCCAUUUCCGUUCAAAAACACAGGAAUUGACUAUAUCGGGCCAUUCUACAUAGCAACAAAGGAUACAACUGAAAAAAGCUAUAUUUGCCUCUUCACAUGCCUCUCUACUUGCGCUGUUCACCUGGAAUCGACAGACAACCUUCUUACGAACAACUGUAUAACGGCAACUAGACGUUUUAUUGCUAGGAGAGGCACACCUAAGCUUUUAAUCUCUGACAACGCUACGUACUUCGUCGGUGCGCGUAAACAACUACGCUCAGAACCAAUCAACUUCAACGAAACCACCGUAACUGAAACGCUACAAAUCCACAAUGUUGAAUGGCGCCUAAAUCCUCCGGCUGCCCCCCAUUUUGGCGGCGUGUGGGAGCGACUCGUCUCAUUGAUAAAACGAGCAUUCUUACUAAAUCUCGGUUCUGAUCGACUAUCAAGAGAUCUAUUUGCUACUAUCAUAGCCGAGACCGAGGCAAUCCUCAACUCACGUCCGCUAACUCAUGUCAGUAGCGACCUUGACGACGACCUUCCACUGACAACCAACCACUUCUUAAUGGGUCGUCCAUUCGUCUACGCUCCAGCAGCAGCCUUCUACGAAGCAUCUAAAAGUGAGCUGUCCAACAAGUCCUGGAAGCGAGCAAAAGAUAGACUUGACAGCUUCUGGAGGCGUCUACUUAAAGAGUACGCUCCGACUCUCAUCAGAAGGACUAAAUGGACGCAACCCGAGGAACCACUCGAAAAAGAUGACCUCGUGGGGAUACUUGAGGACUUUACACCACGAGGCAUCUGGCCAAUGGGUCGAGUGUUAGAAGUUUUUACCGGCUCGGAUGGCAUCGCGCGCUCAUGUAAACUGAAAACAGCCCUAGGUACUUUAACGAGACCAGCGGUGAAACUUGCCCUCGUAACCCCAAAAAAGAAGAUUUAA